AUGAAUCCCUCCAUCUUCACUGCGUUGUGCAAUGUUGUCGCAUCGCUUUGCACACAUAGCUUUGAGCUUAGCAUCAUAUUUGCCGCGUCCGUGAUCGCCUAUGCCGUUUCACUGCACUUCAUGCAGCCUGUUUGCCGCAAACUUUUAGAGCGUCAUAUUCGGGGAGUUGAUAUGGGCAAGACGACGCCAGAAACACGGAAAAGGAUUGUGGAAACGCCUCUGAACGCACUUGAAGAGGAGGAGAAGCGGUUGAUUUUACCGGAGUCUCUUGGCAUUUUCGCUGGUGCGGUGUAUUUGUGUGUGUUGGUGGUGGAGUUAGCGGUGGUGUUUGGCCCCGGCAUGCGUAAGAUGGAUGGAGCGGUCACAACCAUCACAGUGAUGCUAUUGCUGGGAUUUGUGGACGAUGUUUUGGAUCUUCGCUGGCGGCACAAGCUUCUCCUCUCAGCUAUUGGCACAUUUCCACUGAUGCUUACCUACGACGGAAGCGUGUCCAUCGCAGUUCCGCGUCCACUACUGCCUUUUUUUUCCAGCUCUUUUGUGUACCUUGGCGUGUUUUAUCUUCUGUACCUUAGCCUGUUGUGUAUAUUCUGUACGAACAGCAUUAACAUUCUAGCGGGUGUGAAUGGGGUAGAGGUGGCGCAAGCCAUCGUCAUUGCCGUGACGUGUAUUGUGUACAACAUUUUCCGGAUGCGGUUAGAGAGGGAGUCACUUAACACGUCCGCUGGUCAUAGCGACUCCCACCUCAAUCCUCAUCUUUCGGUGGCAGAGGGCGGUGGUUCACUACAUGAACUAAUGGCGAUUUCGCUCUUGGCACCGUUUGUGGGUGUCAGUGCGGCGUUGUGGCGCUAUAAUCAAUACCCUGCCCGCAUCUUUGUGGGCGACAGCUACACCUACUUUGCGGGAACCGUGCUUUCCGUCUCUGGGGUGACAGGGCAUUAUGGCAAGACCCUUAUUCUCUUUUUCAUCCCGCAGCUUGUCAAUUUUAUUAUUUCCCUUCCACAACUGUUUUAUAUUGUGCCUUGCCCGCGUCAUCGGGUUCCACGUUGGAAUGCAAAGCUGAAUGUGCUGCAGAACAGCGGAAAUUACACUCUUCUGAACGUUAUAUUGUGGAUUUGCGGGGACAUGCAUGAACGAGAUCUCACCAACGCGGUGCUGAAGUUGCAAGUCUGCUGCUGUGUUUUUUCCUUCGUGAUGCAGUACCUCUUUGCUUCCUAUCUUUACGAUCAAAUCUCCUAG